AUGUAUGUUUCAUGGCUGUCGAGCCAAUUGUUGCUGGCUGCUGGGCUAGCGAGCGCGAAAUGGAUCGUUCCGGGCGCACGAUGGAGCGAUACUGAUGGGAACUUGGUCAAUGCACAUGCUGGGUGCGUGACGGUGGACGAAGACUCGGGCAAGUUCUUCUUGUUCGGCGAGUACAAAGUUCAAGGGCAGGUUGAGGGUGGUGGAGUGGCUGUCUACAGCUCCGACGAUUUGGCGACUUGGGAAUCGCAUGGGUUGGCUUUGAAGCCCGAAGAAGGACACCCGUACCUCGACCCGAAAAUGAUCAUCCAAAGACCAAAGGUCAUAUACAGCGAUGCCACCGAGAAAUACCAAAUGUUCUGGCACGCCGACAACUCCACCUACGGGCUGCUCUUACAAGGCUUCGCCCAAGCCGACAACAUCACCGGUCCGUACAGCUUUGUAGACGCAACCUCCCCGCUAGGAAACUGGUCCCAAGACUUCGGCCUCUUCACCGACUACAAAGACGGUCGCUCCUACGCCCUCUACUCCAACGGAGACCGGAAAGAAGCCCGCGAUGUCUACCUCACAAGCUAUAAUGACAACAAAACCGCCCUCGAUUCGGUCGUCCACCGCUUCGACAAGUUUGACCUUGAGGCACCUACUAUCAUCCAAACAGAGAAAAGCUACUUCGCCCUCAUGAGUCACAAAACUGGCUACCGCCCCAAUAACGUCGUCGCUUUCCGCGCAGACAAGCUCUCCGGGCCAUGGUCCCAACCCUUCAUCGUCGCACCCCUCAACACACGCACUUUCAACUCGCAAUCCGGCUUCAGCUUGCGCAUCAAAGGCCGCAAGCAAACCACCUACCUUUACCUUGGCGACCAAUGGGACUCCAAUUCCCUCUGGGAGUCGCGAUACAUAUGGCUGCCCGUCUCAAUCAAUGAGCAGAAGAAGUCGCUGCAGCUAGAAUGGUACGACAUCUACGAUCUCAACGUCAAGACCGGCGAGUAUCGUGAAGUAAAGGGGACCAUCUAUCAAGCGCCGUCGGCAAAGACAGCAGGCAGUGCGUUCAAACAGGAAGCCACCUUCAGCGACACCGGCUCCCUCCUAACCGGCAUCUACGGCAACGAUUCCACCGUAACAUUCUCCAAUGUGCAGGGCAACGGCGCGAAGGACGGCCAGUGGGUCAGCUUCUACUACCAGAACACGGACGACAUGGGCUUCGGGGACCAACCGGGGGGCACGCCGGACCGGAUCGGCGGAGCCUGGCAGCUGAGGAGGAUUGCGAGCGUUGUCUUGAACGGAGACACGCAGAAUGUGGAGUCGCUGUACCAAAGAGACACGCACAAAGGGAUAAUUCUUAGUACGCCGUUGAAGCUGAAGUUGAAGAAGGGAACCAACGAGAUCAAGAUUGGAGGGUUGAGCAAUGGCUUUGAUGUGAAGGGCGCGGAUAUAGAGAAGAUCGUGGUGUAUCCACCUGAGGGGUAG